CCUACAAGAUGGUGGUGAUGGGCAAGGAUGAGUUCUAGCUCCGGGUGGUGGACACAGCCAGGCAGGAUGAGUACACCAUCCUGCCCCACUCCUUUGUCAUCAGCAUCCACAACUACGUCCUGGCGUACUCAGUGACGUCCCUACGUAGCUUCCAGGUGGUGAAGACCCUUCACAACAAGCAGUGCGAGAGCUGGGGGAAGAUGCACGUGCCCGUGGUGCUGGUGGGGAACAAGGCAGACCUGUCCCUGCAGGGUGGCCCAUCCUGCUGUGCCUCCGGCCGGGAGGUGAAGAUGGAUGAAGGGAAGAAGCUGGCAGAAUCGUGGGGGACCAUCUUCCUCAAGUCCUUGGUCAAGGAGAGUCAGGGCUGGGGCAGGGAGACAGAUUCUUCCUGGGUGCUGGGGCUGAUGUCCCCUCAUCCCCAGGUGAUCUUCACAAAGAUCGUCGAGGAGAUGGACCAGGCAGAUGACACCUACAGCAGACUGACCGGCUGCCACCUGACGUGA